UCACCACUCCCCACUCCGCUCCCCUCUCCAACCGCUCCGCUCAAAUCCCCAAACCCCCACUUGCCGCACAGCACCACGAAGCCCUGAGCCCUAACUGCCUCGCCUCUCCUCGCCGUCGCUGCGGCGAUGGGGGCCCCUCCGGCAGCCACCACCUCCGCCUCCUCCGUGCCCCCGGGUCCACGCCGCCGCCGCUCCACCCACCUGAUCGGGCCCCGACGGCGGGACCACCAGGAUCGGCCCCCAUGCACGCCCUCGUCCGCGCCAGCUCCACCGCCAGAGUCCGAGGCGGAGGCGCCUCCCUCCGGCGUGGAGACUCGCCGCCGAUCGGCCCGGGUCCACCUCCGCAUCCGCGGCCUCCCCUCGGCGGCGUCCUCCGCGCCCAGGCGGCGGCACAGGUCCCCCGAGGCGGCCCCGCGCAAAUCGAUCGAGGCGAAAGCGGAGGAGUGGGGGAGGGAGAAGGCGGCGUUGGGUGCACCCAAGGAGGAGUGCGUCCUACCCUUCCUCCAGAAGGGCGCUCCCAGGAUGGUUGAGUGCCUGAUUUGCUCGAAGUGUAUUCUGCCUGAUGAAAGGAUUGAAUGUACAGUAAAUCACUGUGAAGUAACCUUGCACAAGGCUUGUUCUGAAAAAACUGAUGGAUGCUGCCCUCGGCAUAUAUGCUUUUACUGCAAAAGGAGGAUAUCUAGGCACCGUGUGCAACUCACAAUGCCUGCAUGUACUGAAUGUUCACUAAAGCAGAAUAGGAUGAUUGAUUCUGAAGAUCUAUCAAGGGAAGUAUUCCGGCGUUUACCUCUCCCAUACACUGACCAAGAGUUCAAUAUUAACCAUAUUAAUAAAGAGGGUUUGGAAAAUGAGAGAGAACCACCUCCAUAUGUACAUUUGAAGCGCAAUGUUUAUAUUGUCAAGAACAAACGUGACAGCGAUGCCGUUGAAGGUGGAUGCACCGAUUGUGACCAUGACUCAACCUGUAAAAGUUGUUCCUGCAGGUCUGUAUUGAUUAGCUGCUCUCAGGCUUGUCAUUGCUCAGUUAAGUGCUCCAACAAACCAUUUCGCAGAGAGAAAAAAAUUGAGAUCGUUAAGACACAGCAUUGCGGAUGGGGUGUUGUUGCACUGGAAUCCAUUGAGAAAGAUGAUUUUGUGAUAGAGUUUGUUGGAGAAGUUAUAGAUGAUGUAACAUGCGAAGAAAGGCUUCAGGUCAUGAGACAACGUGGAGAUCAGAAUUUUUACAUGUGUAAAGUCAGCAAGGACUUUGUAAUUGAUGCAACGUUCAGGGGAAAUGCUUGCCGCUUUCUUAACCACAGCUGCCAACCUAACUGUCGGUUGGAGAAAUGGCAAGUUAACGGCAAGACAAGAUUAGGUGUGUUUGUUUCACAACCUAUAAAAGCAGGGAUGCCCUUGACCUACAACUACAGAUUCUGUACUUAUUUCGGACCAGAGAAGAAAUGUUUCUGUGGGGCUCCAAACUGCCAAGGGAAAUUGUGACCAAGGAACAUGUACAGUGUCAGAGCGAUAUAUAACAGAAGGGACCAAAGCAAUGAGAAAACCAUCAGCUUACAUUAGCAAAGAAUAACAA